AAAACAGCACGCUGCCAACCAUAGACAAUAGAGGGAGGAAGUUUGUGAAUGAUCGAUUUUACGCCGGCCUCCUGAACUUCUCAACGACAUUUUUCUUUGUUUGCCGUAACGCGCGUGGACAAUAUUAAGUGUAGCCGUGAGUUUGCGUACACAUUGAUAAAAUGGCGAACACGUUUCGCGCGGUGACGGUGUCGGCGGUGAGCGGCGAAGGAGCGCUCACAGCGCGCUUCAAUUUUCCGACAAACGUAAACGUGGAUUACGACCCGCAAGGGUUGAGUGUAAAAGUGAUUCGUGCGGACCCUGUGCUGGCCCAGGAGGUGCUCGAAUUCCCUGUCCACAGCCAAAGUGAGUGUUCGCGAGUGGCGGGUCAAUCGUACAUAUUCACGAUUGACAAUGAAACGCUAUUCUUCAAGUUCGCGUCAGACGCCGACUGUCAGGCCUUCCACCUGCUGGUCACAAAGACGAAGGCGGGCAGGUCGUCGUCAGUGUUCACGGUACGCACAGAAGACUCGUCGGCAAUGCAAUACUUCCAAUUUUACGGGUACUUGAGUCAACAGCAAAACAUGAUGCAGGAUUACGUGAGAACGAGCACGUAUCAGCGCGCCAUUCUGUCGAAUAUCAAUGAUUUUAAGAAUAAAGUGGUAUUGGACGUGGGAGCGGGCUCAGGUAUCUUGUCAUUUUUCGCUGCUCAGGCAGGUGCGCGUAAAGUGUACGCAGUAGAGGCCAGCAACAUGGCCCAUCACGCGCAGGCGUUAGUCAGAGCAAACGGUCUUCACGACCGCAUCACUGUCGUCGCUGGGAAGAUCGAGGAGAUAGAACUACCUGAGAGUGUAGAUGUUAUUAUUUCAGAGCCCAUGGGCUACAUGCUGUACAACGAGCGUAUGUUAGAAACAUACUUGCAUGCGAAGAAGUGGCUGAAACCCAACGGCAACAUGUACCCAACGAGAGGGGACCUCCAUAUAGCACCAUUCACUGAUGAUGCUUUGUUCAUGGAACAAUACAACAAAGCCAACUUCUGGUACCAGACUUGCUUCCAUGGUGUUGACUUGAGUGCAUUGCGCACUGCUGCCAUGAAAGAGUACUUCAGACAGCCCAUUGUUGACACUUUCGACAUUCGUAUUUGCAUGGCAAGGUCAGAAAGACAUGUAGUAGACUUCUUGAAUGCACAUGAGACAGAUUUACAUCGAAUUGAAAUUCCGUUCAGAUUUGAACUUACACAGUCAGGUACUUGCCAUGGACUAGCAUUUUGGUUUGAUGUAUUGUUUGCGGGUGCCACACAGCAUAUAUGGCUGUCAACUGCACCUACGGAACCGUUAACACAUUGGUACCAAGUGCGGUGCCUGUUAGAGACCCCUAUAUUUGCUAAACAGGGUCAAGCACUCACUGGGCGCGUGUUAUUAUUGGCUAACAAACGCCAGAGUUAUGAUGUCACAAUGGAUAUUAAUCUAGAAGGUACCAACAUUUCAUCGUCUAAUACUCUGGAUCUGAAGAACCCUUACUUCAGGUACACGGGAGCGCCGGCUGCUCCGCCACCCGGCGUGAACAGCAGCUCGCCGAGCGAAACAUACUGGAACUCUAUUGAGUCUACGGCCUCCUUGAGCAAUGGACAAGGCGUCAUGCUCACUGAUGCCGCCCAGCAGUACUGCUCGACCCCAGACCAGACCAUUGCAUAUGGAGCACACCCUAACAUGAUCAAAACAGUGAUGCUUCAGGAGGAGUUCAUCAAGAGGAUCGGGAUAAGUCAAAAUGGGGACAUAUAAUCCGCAAAGUCGCGCAGAGCGCGUCUUAGGGCAAUAAGGAACCGCCGUAAUCGGUUGUGAACUAUCUUCCGUUCAGACUUUAUAGUGUGUAAGCGGACUUAUUUAUUGUAAUACAUCACAGUGACACAAUCAUGUAACUAGAGACUGCUCGCCUUGUAAAUUAAGUAAAAAGUGAAAUGGUAAUCAAAGGCAAUAAGUUGAGCCUUCUCUGUGAAAUGUUUAGUUUUGGAAGUACCGACGCUUAUUAGUGUUAAUUUAAACACACAUAGAUGGAUGACACGUGAAAUUUUGAUGUAAAUAUUCUAUAGUUGGACAAGGAUUGGCGAGACUGGCCAGACAAAGUCCGUCUUAGGCUAGGCAGCUCCGCGGCUAGUAAUUGUACUAUUAAUAUAGUCCAAGUACAUUUAGGGUAAGCAAUAAGUGCUGAAUUAAAAGAUAAUGCCUAUCAUUGUCAAUACUCAUUUAUCAUUAUUGGAGUCAGGCUCAAUCAUUAGGUAGAUAGACGCAGCCAGUGUAAAACCAGUCCAUAACGAAAUACCUUCUGUCUGCCAGUCAACACUAGAGAUCGCGAAUUAUGAAAAUUUACUUAUGUCAAAUAUUUUUAUACACUGCACUUUAGCCAUAGAUUGUGUAAAAAAUCCUUUUUGUAAAUAUAGGGUAAAGUGAUCAAUUUUUUUCUGGAACAUUAAUAUUGAGCAAAUAAUCAGUAUUGUAUGUGUUCUUAUUACUUGAUGAACAUAUGAAAACUAUGGAUUUUGUAUUGUAAGUCUAACACUAUAGAAAUGUGGGCAAGGAUCUGCUAUUUUUCAUUGUAGUAACAUUGGUGCUCGAUCCUCUAUUGCACAAAAAUAGAUCAGACAACAUGACUACCUCAGGAUUUGGCAGACAAUUGGAUCUCUUAUAUCUGAGCUGAGAUUCUAUUGCAAGCAAAAUCAUUGUUACUUAAAACAUUAGCACUUUACACAAGACACCAAAAUUACUUAGAUAAACGAACACGCCAUAUAAAAUGUGUGUCGCGAUAUUGCUUGCAGGAAAACUGGGCUCUACAGAAGAUAUCAUGACAAUUUUUGUAUCAUAAAGAUCACAUUAUUUGCCAUAACAGCUCUGAGUAAAAGUGGAAUGAAAUCAUUUUAGUUAGCUCAUAGCAAUCUCAAAUAGACUGAAAUAUAAUGUAGGUGUAAAAUACAAUUUUAAAGUACUUGAUUUACAGAUCUAUAAAAACACAAGCUUUACCUCAAACAUCUGUGUGUUAAUUUCAGUGUCUAAUAAUUGUGUAAACAUUGUAUCAAGCCAAAUCAGUAUCUAAAUAUAGUCCUUAAACAACAGUGCUGUUGCUGACUUAUUCCUUUAUUUUCACUGACGCUUAGUGUAAAAUUUAUAUAUCUACAAUCUAUUUUAACACAAGGAGUACUUAAUGAAAUAUUUUUGAACAUUAUUUUGCAGAGCUUAUAGAUAUCUCGAAAGUGCCUCGAACCAUUCCCCUUAUAUUCAGAGCUAUAGACAUUAAAUCACAUUAGAUGUGGCAACAUUUAACUUAGCGUUUCUCGCGGGCGAGGUGACCAUUUUCAAAUUGUAAGUGCUUUUAAUGUCUUGUAGUUUCAUCUACUGUAUGACUAGGUGCUGUCAAUAUGUUUGGGGUCUAUAUUAACCCAGUGUUUAAGGGCUUAAAAGGUAAUUUAAGGCCCUUUUUUUCGUUAUGAUUUUGAAUGUUGCCAUAUUAUAACGGCCCUUCACCUCGUCCCGCGUAUUAGGGUUUCACUAAGAAGCCAAUAUCACUUGCCAUUUUAACGAAAAUCACUUUUAUUUUAUGAAUAUCAUAGUCUAUAUUCCCUCGGCUAAUUAGUGAUAGGCCACUUAUUAAAAUAACACCAAUGUGCUAAAAAUGAAAAUUUAAUUGAGCCAAAUUGAUUUCAAUUAGUUUGGUGGACUCGUGGCUGUUGUUGCUACGAUUGAUGUCUCAUACGCUAAUAUUUAAAUAUUAUAACGACUUAUACUUGAAAUAGGUAGACAGAGGUGUAUUGCACCGAGUUUGGCUGUUACGAAGAUUACAAUAAGUUAUUGAAGUAAUCGAUAAUGAAAACGUAUCAUCACUGCUUACUCGAUUUAGAAUAAGAGUGAUAUUACUAGAGAUUAAUGUAAUGUCUACGUUGCGUAGUACUUUGACGGAUCUCUUGAUAUGAGAAGCAAAGGACGUAAGAUUUAAGACGUGGCCUACGUAUGUUAGCCACAAUAGUUUAGGUAAUAAAUGCGAAAUAAUAAGAAGCAUCCAGAAAUUGUGGGAUGCUAUAGAUGCAGUCAUUAGAUUAACUUAACAGUUAGGCCUUGUGUACAUACUGUUUUUUUUUUGGAAAAGUACGGUCGAUUGUGCAUGUGUUUUGAUGGAGUCUCUAUCACUCAACUUUUUGUUCGGCAGUCUUAUGGUCAUUUGGACAAAUAGCUGUACAAAGAUUUUUCUGUCUUUGGAAAAAUCCUGCCUGCAUCGUCUGCUCAGCAGGGAGUGCAGCCAAGGUUGUUUCAUUGUCUUUACAUUCGUCGUGAUGCGAGUGCUUGUCAGUUGUGUCGGAUAGUGACGGCAAUUGAUGGCACUGCUUCAUCGCAAUGAACUUGGAUCAUCAUCGCUGUUCAGCGACAGCUCUGUAUGUUUCUAGCGGUCCAUCCAACAGUAAAUGUUAGUCGGGUUGUAUCCAGCAAUCAGGUUAAUUGAAUACAUCUUUUCCUAAAAAGUCUGUACAUGUUCGAAUCAACCGUAGUUCUUCACCGCAAAAAAACAUCUGUACAAGAGGCUUUAGGUAAGAAAAAGUAUAAAUACCAGAACGACUUGCAGCUGCACCUAAAUAAGAAACUAAGUGAGAAAUAAUUAAAUUUUCAUUUAUAGCAACAUCUAGACAGAUUAUGUAAAUAAGAACAAUUUGUAAGAUUUGCGUUUUUUUUUUUCAAUUCACAUCACGGUUGUGUAUCUAAUAAAUCAUUUGUAUAUCAGAGUAGUGUGCUUAUAAUACAAUUUUACUAAUGGGUGGGUUAUAUUUUCGAUUAUUUUAAGACGGUUUAUACUUAAACUAUGCACUAUGCAUGUACUGCAGAUUAUUUCUUAGGAUUGUUGCUAUUGUGGAAGCAAGAAGGAUUAAUGCACAGUACAGUGCUUUGUCUUGCUUUCACAAUGGCGAUAGACCCAUUUUCAGGUAGUUGAAUUGACACUUGAAGUCCGUUUUAUUGUCAUUGCAAGUUCAGUGUGUACCUGUAUUUUUUGUUCCACACAAUCUUUGAAAAGAUUACCGAUACUGCUAAGAGCCAUGAGCAAAAUUAUUUUUUUGGAAUUUUGCCAGUAAAAAAUCUACGAUGUAAAUAUAUUUUUGUUCAUGGUUGAGUAGUGACGUCAUCUUUUCAAAAGUCAAAUUUGUCAUCUAAUUCUUAGCUGUAUGAACUGUUUGAGUGGAGAGCACUAGAUUUAGUGUUUAUUUUGAGGGUAGUAAAUACUGCGUUUGUAAUGUUUUUCGAACGUUCUAAAAAGAAACUUUUGUCAUGUCUUGAAAUUUACCGAAAGAUGAGGGGAAAUACAAUGCUGAUUCGAUUUUAAGUUAAAUUCUAACCCAAAGUCGUAAUUCUCUUGUUGAAUCAGCAACGCUCGUCAUCUUUUGUUCUAUUUAACGACCUUCCAAAAGGUUCUUAGAACGGACAGAGUUUAUGCACCUAAGGGUAAAUAGUUUGAUCUACUUUGUAAAACCAGUACCCACAUACUACUAUCAAAAUAUCUCCUAAUUCGUAAUUCGUAAAUAUUCAGCAACAUAAUCCACCAUAUUAGUCGAAUUUAUUGAUAAUUAUCGAAGUAUAAAUCGGUCAAUUUUAUGCAUUUGACAUAAAUAAAAUUGUAAGCGGUAUUUUAACUCUUUGGAUGUUACGUAAUAGCAUUUAAUGAUCAAGUUAUAUCAUUCAGAUAAAUAGUUUUUAUAUUAGAUUCGACUGUGAAAAGGUUCCAUGACUGGACAAUGUCUGUCUUCCAAUGCUUAAAAAUACUUCUUUUAUAUAAUACAAGAUACAUUAUUUUCAUUCAAGAGUUAAAAGACUGUUCUUCUGAAGUCAUUUUUGAAAGACUAUUUGAUUAAAUGUUUGAACCAAAAUCGAUGUCGUAAAAUAAAAUUACUUGAAAGUCCCUAAAACAAAUGAAAUGUAAUUCUAGUCUUUCAAAAAUUUCUUCACCAAAGUUGAUUUUAAGAGGAAUCUGAUUUUGUAUGUAGCCUGUAUGACAAGUUAGAACAAUUUUUUUUUCGUAAAGAAUUAUUUUUUGGAUAUUGUUCCUAUACACUGCUAGUGCGUACUAGCGAAAAAUCUGUUUAUCUCUUCCAUAAUCCAAAUUUCAAGCAAAUUGUUAUGUGAUAUUUGUUUCCUUUACCGUUGUACAUGUCUGCGGUCUAUCACCACUUCGUAAAGUCUUGCAGAUGUUUGAUAGAGACACCGCUCUGCUGUGCCCUAUCUUGCUUCUACUAAUGCAAGUCUGUCGAAGGUAGUGGAUGAUCCAGCCCCUGUUAUAUUUCAUCACUCGUUAAUUAUUAGUCAUAAACAAACCUUUUAAAAUCUCCCCAAACUUUGUGUUUAUACAGGACUUGAGCCAAAACUCGAAGUUGAUCAAUAAUUUUGACACAGAGUUGACGAUAGUAUAACUUUUCUUUCGCUUCUCUGGGAAACCGACGUUUUAGAGUCCCCUGAAACGCAAAGGUUUUUAAGAGCAAAUUUCAUGAUUAAUUUCGAAUUUUGACAUAAGUUUUCCGUAGUAACUCAGGAUGUGGGAUAAAUGGAGAAAAUCUUGGCUGACUGGGUUCAUCGCAAGCAGCGCAAGUUUCUAAUACCCGACGAAAUACGUCUGCAGCGAUGCGUGCUUACGUGCGAAGUUUGAUGAGUUUGCAUGGCGGUAAUCGCUUUGAGACCUCUAUUAAGGCAUUGGAAACUUCCGUUGCUUCGCGUAACAGAAAUGAAUUGUUUACGACGUUUGGAUUUUAAGUGAAUUAAGAGAAACCUCGACAAUGUCAUAAAAUUAUGCAUGCGACAUGUCGAAUGAUAGGAAUCCUUGCAUCUUUUUCUCUCUUUUCCUCGUCCUGGGAUACAUUGAAGUGUUACGCAAGGAAUUAGAUCGAUCUCCUGGUGGUCACCUUCCUAAUUCUAAGGCGUAUGUUAACUUUACGUGGUACGCACCUGUAGUGCAUCAAAAUGGGUGCAGAAUAGAAGAAUACGUGAAUUUUGUAACUUUAAGAGCAAAUAAUGGUGCCUAACACGGCAGUCGAUUCACCAGGCCAUGGCUUAUAUUGCGAUAGGCUUACAGUUAAAUACUAGGAAAUAUUAAAAUUGUACUUCAUAAUGUCUAAAGUUAAGAUGAAUGUCUGUGCCCCGAUACGGUUUCGAGUAAUUCUUUAGCGCCUUUUGAUGAAAACAAGAUAUCAAAAAGGUUUUAAGCAAUAAUUAAUUAUAAGAUUAAAUUCUCACGGGUUUCAGGCAAAAUAGUUAUUAAAAUGGCUAGAAUUCUUGGCCAAUGCCCAUAUUUCGCGUUACAAUCCAUGGCCUGUUGCAUUAACUUUAAUUUCACGGCACGUCCACAAUAUUGUUUGUAGAAUAAAAUCAAAA